UGCCGCCUUCCUGCCUCCUGCGCCCUCCCCCGUGCGGCUGGCCCUGCAGGCUGUUGGAGCUGGGUUACCCCAUGGGGACCCUCUUGUUCUCUUCUCUCCUCCAUCUCCCUCCCCUCCCCGACAAGCCUGCAAUCAGCUGACCAGACUGACAGAUGCAGGGCUAGGGGGCCGCCUCACAUAGGCAGCAGAGAGGCUGCCCUGCUGCAGUCACCGUCCUCACCGCCUCUGCAGGCUGCGGGCAUCUACCACUACCGCAAGGGACUGAGGGGCCUUGGCCCAGCAGGGACCCCAGGGCCUUGGGGCACUGUGUGAGCUGGUAACGUGGCCGCCCACAUGGGCAGCAGCAUGGAGCCCCCUCAGGGUGCGUACCUGCACCUGGGCGCUGUGAUGUCCCCCGUGGGUACGGCCCGCGUGCUGCAGCUGGCCUUUGGCUGCACCACUUUCAGCCUGGUGGCCCACCGGGGCGGCUUUGCGGGCGUCCAGGGCACAUUCUGCAUGGCUGCCUGGGGCUUCUGCUUCGCUGUCUCUGCACUGGUGGUGGCCUGCGAGUUCACAAGACUCCAUGGCUGCCUCCGGCUCUCCUGGGGCAACUUCACGGCUGCCUUCGCCAUGCUGGCCACCCUGCUGUGCGCCACAGCUGCGGUACUGUAUCCGCUGUACUUCGCCCAGUGGGAAUGCCCACCCAAGCCCGGGGGCUGUGCUGCCAGGGACUUCCGCCUGGCAGCCAGCGUCUUUGCCGGACUCCUCUUCCUGGCCUACGCUGUGGAGGUGGCCCUGACGCGGGCUCGGCCUGGCCAGGUGACCAGCUACAUGGCCACCAUGUCGGGGCUGCUUAAGAUCGUCCAGGCCUUUGUGGCCUGCAUCAUCUUCGGGGCGCUGGUCUACGACGGCCGCUAUGGGCGCUAUGUGGCCACCCAGUGGUGCGUAGCCGUCUACAGCCUCUGCUUCCUGGCCACGGUGGCCGUGGUGGUCCUGAGUGUGAUGGGCCACACGGGGGGCUUGGGCUGCCCCUUUGACCGGCUGGUGGUGGUGUACACUUUCCUGGCUGUGCUCCUGUACCUCAGCGCUGCUGUGAUCUGGCCAGUCUUCUGUUUCGAUCCCAAGUACGGCGAGCCUGGACGGCCCCCCGACUGCGCUCAAGGCAGCUGUCCCUGGGACAGCCAGCUGGUGGUGGCCAUCUUCACCUACAUCAACCUGCUCCUGUACAUCAUCGACCUUGCCUACUCCCAGAGGAUUCGCUUCGUGCCCAGCCUGUAGCCCACAGCAGCAGCUGCCCACCUCUACUCUCUGGCCAGCAUCUCCAGGCCCCUCGAGGGGGACUCAGGUGAACCAAGGUGUCAAGUAGUGAGCAGAAGGGAAGCCAAGAGCUCAGAGUACAUGCAGUGCAUUGGGAGAGGUCGCUCCCCGACUUCCAGGGUGGGCUCACAGAAGGACAGACGGACGGGGCAGGGCAGUAGGGCAGAGGCCCAGGGCAGAGGCAGGGAGAGCCUCCCCUUGGCCAAUCCGCAGCUAGCUCUCUCACCACUUCCCAGCACUCCUGGAGCUCAGUGCUGGUCACUGCAACACAGGGAAAACCUUAAAGCAGCUGCUGCUGUGACCCGUUCUGCAGCUGGGGACACUAGGCUGGAAGGAUUUGCGAGGCACCCAGUACUUCCAGUAGUGUCUGGAGACCACGCUCAGGCUGGCUAAGGCAAGCUGAAAAAGGAAUGAUUUCCAGAGGAGACAAACCCAGGAGAGCACCUGGGCCAGGCAAGGGGAGGGAGGGGCACAGGGAGCCGGAACCACCUCCUGGCUGGGAGGGGCAGCUCCCAGAACCCUGGGAGGAGAGGUCUGCUUGGGGGGCUGUGCCAGCUCACAGACAAGACGCCAGAAAUCUGGACCAGCCUCUCCCACUCAACUUUGGGAAGCCUCUGGGCUAGUGGCCACAGCCUUUGGAACCAGAAUUAAGACUGUACUAUGGUGGAACCAGGCUGCCUCCGGUGUCCGCAGGCUGGAGAUGGCGCAGGUGGCCGGGAAGAGCCUUUAGAGGCCGGUGGCACCAAGUGCACCGUGUGCGGGAAGGAGAUGGUUCUGCCCCAGCCACAGGAGCCCCACCCAGACACCCAUCAUCAGCUGUGGCAAAGCAGCUCCAGCUGUGGCCCGGUGGGCACCUGUGGCACUGGGAGGGAGCCCGGCUGAGGGCGGCCACUGGACACAGAGUCUGGGCACUGCUUGCCUCUGCUCAAGGGUCCAGUUGCCAGACACUCCUGACACCGGGGCUGUCACCCUCCACGCUCCAGCCAGUUUCUCCUGCACAGAAGCCCAGCCCAGCCUGGACCACCAGCCUGGAGCCGACCCACUGGCCACCCCUGAGCCCAAGCCAGAUGGGCGAUGGCCAUGGCCCCUCAGCCCAUUGACUAGGCCCCAAUGUCCUUGAGCAGGAAAUAAAUGCUGAUGUUUAGACACA